AACCGAGUCAGGUUGCUCCCUUGCAGGGGAGAAGGGGGCGGAUGACGGAGGCAGGAUGGUAGGUUUAUAGGGAGCAGCAGUCGGGCAGGAAUUCUGAUUACAUCUUGGAUUAUUGUCUCUGUUCCCAGCUACAAAAACUCCGAGAUCCUCCAAAGGCCAUGCAGCUGGCAGUGUCCAUCGCGGUCGUCCUCGUGGCUUUAUCUGUCGUGACAGGAACCCAGGAUGUUACAGUGACAGAGCCCACCUUGUCUCAAAAGUUUGAGAAAGUCCAGCAGGAUUUUCAGAACUUCGCCAACCGUAUUGGAGAGAGGACCAAAACGGCUUUCAAUGACCUCCAUCACAGCGAAUUCAGCAACAGGACCAGGAACUGGUUUGCUGAGAAUUUCCAGAAGAUGAAGGAGAAAUUCAGGGCCAUUACCAACAGGGAAUCUGACUGAAGCGGUGGGCGAGAUGCCGGCUCCCCGUACGCACCCCUGAUCGGAAGGAGGGCUCUUGCACGCUCCAUGUAGCACUGAAAUAUUACCUUGCUCUCCAGGGACUGCGUAGCUAUCCCUUCAUUUUCUACUCUCCCUUUUUGGGUUUGUUAUGUUUUUAUUUGCAAGCAUUUAUUGGACUCAAAUAAAAAGAAAACGCUUCCC